AUGCGUCAUACUCCCGGCCUCCAGGGCUCCCGCGUGACCACCACCCAGGGCGCCCACGCGACCAGCACCCAGGGCGCCCACGCGACCACCCAGGGCGCCCACGUGACCACCACCCAGGGCUCCCACGUGACCACCACCCAGGGCUCCCACGCGACCACCACCCAGAGCGCCCACGCGACCACCACCCAGGGCUCCCACGCGACCACCACCCUGAGCGCCCGCGCGACCUCCACCCUGAGCGCCCGCGCGACCUCCACCCAGGGCGCCCGCGCGACCUCCACCCAGGGCGCCCGCGCGACCAGCACCCAGGGCUCCCACGUGACCACCACCCAGAGCUCGGCGCCCCCUGUUCGUGGCACCCAGGGAGCUCCCUUCGGCCCACUCCCGGUUCAGGCGAAGAAGGAGGAGCCCCUGCCGCCCGCCACCAGCCAGAGCAUUCCGACGUUCUACUUCCCUCGAGGCCGUCCAAAGGACACGGUGAACAUCGACGCCGUCAUCACCAAGAUCGAGCGGACUUUCGCACAGUUCCCGCACGAGAGAGCCAGGAUGGAGGACAUGGGCCGAGUGGCCAAGGCCUGUGGCUGCCCGCUGUACUGGAAGGGGCCGCUGUUCUGCAGUGCCGGGGGAGAGCGCACGGGAUCCAUCUCUGUCCACAAGUUCGUCGCCAUGUGGAGAAAGAUCCUCCAGAACUGUCACGAUGAGGCUGCCAAGUUCGUCCACCUGCUCAUGAAUCCCGGCUGUAAUUACUUGGUGCAAGACGACUUCAUCCCCUUCUUACAGGACGUGGUGAACACGCACCCGGGCUUAGCCUUCCUGAAGGAGGCGUCAGAGUUCCACUCUCGCUACAUCACCACCGUCAUACAGAGGAUCUUCUACACCGUCAACAGGUCCUGGUCAGGGAGGAUCACGUGUGCAGAGCUCCGCAGGAGCACCUUCCUGCAGAAUGUGGCGCUCUUGGAAGAGGAAGCAGACAUCAAUCAGCUGACAGAGUACUUCUCCUACGAGCACUUCUAUGUCAUUUACUGCAAGUUCUGGGAGCUGGACACGGACCACGACCUUCUCAUCGAUUCCCAGGACCUGGCCCGGCACAACGACCACGCUAUAUCCACCAAGAUGAUCGAGAGGAUAUUCUCAGGGGCGGUGACAAGGGGCAGGAAAGUCCAGAAGGAAGGAAAAAUAAGCUACGCUGACUUUGUCUGGUUUCUGAUUUCUGAAGAGGACAAAAGAACUCCAACCAGCAUCGAGUAUUGGUUCCGCUGCAUGGACCUGGAUGGGGACGGCGCGCUGUCCAUGUUUGAACUGGAGUACUUCUAUGAGGAGCAGUGCCGCAGGCUGGACAGCAUGGCCAUCGAGGCCCUGCCCUUCGAGGACUGCCUCUGCCAGAUGCUGGACCUGGUGAAGCCGCAGAACGAAGGGAAAAUCACGCUCCGUGACCUGAAGAAGUGUAAACUCGCCAAUGUGUUCUUCGAUACCUUCUUCAACAUCGAGAAGUACCUCGACCACGAGCAGAAGGAACAGGUCUCCCUGCUCAGGGAGAGCGAGAGCGAAGGCCCCGAGCUCUCCGACUGGGAGAAGUACGCCGCCGAGGAGUACGACAUCCUGGUGGCCGAGGAGGCUGCGGGAGAGCCCUGGGAGGACGGGUACGAAGCCGAGCUCAGCCCUGUGGACCAGAAGCUGAGCUCCCUGAGGUCCCCGCUGGCCCAGAGGCCCUUCUUUGAGGCGCCGUCCAGCCUGGGCACCGUCGAGCUGUACGAGUACGCGUGUGAGGACGAGGACCUGCAGCCCUCGUGACCCGCACCCAGGUCUGGAUGCAGGGCCGCCGUCGUGUAAAGAACAAAGCUGUUUGAGCGUUGAGCUGUCUGUUCUAGAAAACGAAGCGAUUUGUAUGGGAUGAUGAAUUUUUAUUUAUUCAACACGGAAGCUGGUCAGGUGGUCACUGAGCGUGUGUCCCCGCCGGCCCGGGACCCCUGGCUGGGGGAGGAGACACGCCGGCCCCACCGUCUAGCUCUUGAGCGCAGGCGUCCGGAGACACCCACACGGCCGACCGGCCGCUCGCAGGGGAGCCACGUUCUGCUCCAGAGCAUCGGCCUCGGGCGUGAGCCGCGCACGGACUUGCGGGCUUGGAUGGCCCGGUGUUGUUCUCACGUCGUCGGUCAGGAACAUUCCAGGGGCCCCGGCGCCACGGUGGCCCCAGGACCUUCCGCCCACAGGAGCGUCUCCAGGUGCCGCCCCAGCUGCAGCCCUGCACGCGGGGUUUGGGAGGGAGCACCCCCUCGAGCGUACUUACGUUUUCACGUAAAUGUACAAAAGGUGUAAAGUUAACUUUUACUUGGUGUGUAUAGCAGUUUAAAAACGUUUUACGAGAUCACGUUUGUAUUUUCAAAUAAAGAGUUUACGGAUUUUC